ACUUAUUUUAUUUAAUUUUUCUUGCUAUUUUGUCAGUCAAUAGUAGCAACAGUCUGUGUUAACGGAAAGAAAGAUGUAGCAAAUGUGUCUUUCUUUUGAAACGGAUUACAAUCUGUACACUACAUAUUGCUUGACAGUACCGCUCUCAAUAUUGCACAGACAUUCGUUCAACUCUCUUUAACAACAAAGAUGGAUCAACUUUUAUAUCUUUAAACUCUGGUACUUUUGGUCUAGCAAGUGAGCCUUUGAGCUCUCACUUACUAAUCAGAAGCUAUGAAUCAUCUGAAUGCUGGUUAAUGAGUCAGAAAAAGGCCAUAUACUCUUUCUCUGUUUUCGUUUCUGAGGCACAGGACAGAUCACAUAGCUGUGGCUACUCCAAAAACCUGGCUUGUAUUUCUAUCAGCUUUCCUGUAACGAUGCACGGCCUUCUUCACAUCAUCAUCGUCGUCUUCAUCAUCAUGAGAUCCACCGCAGCCAAUGGAGUUCACAUCUGUGUUUACCAGCGUUAUGAAAUAGUGGGAAAAACAGUCCGUCUCUCAUUGGAAAAAGACCGACAAAAUCUGACCAAGUGGAAGAAAGAUGGUGGUAUACUCGCAAAUGUAGACAAACAACAUAUAGAGCUAAGGUUUCCAGACAGGUUCAGUGUGAAUGCCACUGACGGCUCUUUAAUUAUAAAAAAUGUCACAGAGAGUGAGAGCGGCUGUUAUCAUGCCUACUUUGGAAAAUGGGAGAGCGAGUUUGUGGGAUUUCAUCUAACAGUAGAGGGGGCUGUCUCAAAGCCAGUCAUUCACACAAAUAUUCUCCAGUUGAAUUCUUCCACUCAACUUUGCCUCAUCUCAGUAAAAUGCUCUGUUGAUGGUGACUCAGUGAUAUACAACUGUGAUUUCAAGUAUUGCACUUUGCAGACAAACACCUCACUGACCAAGGUUAACAUUACUGUUGCUGUAAGGAACGAGGAAUAUGUGGAAUGUACAGCCAGAAACCAUGUGAGCACAAAGACUAGCUCAGUACACCAUAGUGACACAUGUUUAGAAAAAUACAGCUCUGUGCAGGAUAAAUCACAAAUAUUGUUGGUUUUGCCAGUUUUGAUAGCUUGUGGACUGGGACUUAUUCUUGUGGCCUGCAUUAUUUUAACAGCAUACCUCUAUUCCAGAAAAAAACAACAAAUACGGAAUAAAGGUACCCCUCAAGAAGAAGCCAUAUCCACUAUCUACAGCGUGGUGCGCAAACCACAGAGUCCAACAGACAGCAAUUUAGCUACAACAGUCUAUGAUGUUCCUUCAAAAUGUGUCAAGGAUCCCCAAAGUACAAGUGUACAGACGUUAAAGGAGACACAAGUGCCCCCUCUGGAGGACAAAGCUGUAACUGUGAAUGCAGAAAGAGAAGAGGAAUCUGAGAAGGAUAAACAACUUACAGUUUACUGGAAACUGGGGCAGAAAUAACAACCACUAACAGUCAGUUACACAGCACUGUUAUUUACAUCAUCCAGUUGUAUUAGUAAGACUGUCUCAAGGAAAACAUGACCUCUUUUUAUAACAGAUACUAAAAAUGUAAAUUUAUAUAUUUUAUGUAAUUAUAUAAACUGAAUUAUUAUUUACCUAAAGUUUUUGAAGAUGGUGUACAAAAAAUAUAUAUAUAUAUGAUAACAGAAGAUUAUAUGCAACCUCUAUUUUUUUCUGUCCACACACACACACACACACACACACACACACACACACACACACACACACACACACACACACACACACACACUAUGUACUCUAAAAUGAUCUUCAAUAAAGAAAUUAACUACAUGGCAUUUAA